GGGGGCGGUGCCGCCGCCGGCCAGUUCCUGGUUGAGCGGCGGGGCAGGCGGGCAGCAUGCUGAAGCGGCCGGGGCCCGGGCUGGGCUCAGCGCGCCUCUCGCUGCUCCUGUGCUGGCUGCGCCUCUGCCUGGCCAGCAGCGCGGCGGCCCCGCACCUGGUGGUGGUGCUGGCCGAUGACCUGGGCUGGCACGACGUGGGCUGGCACGACUCCCUCAUCCGCACCCCGCAGCUGGAUGCGCUGGGGGCGGGCGGGGUGCGGCUGGAGCGCUACUACACGCAGCCCCUGUGCACCCCGUCCCGCAGCCAGUUGCUCACCGGCAGGUACCAGAUCCAUACAGGUUUACAACACCAAAUAAUUUGGCCUUGCCAGCCCAGCUGUGUCCCAUUGAAUGAGAAACUCCUGCCUGAACUGCUGAAGGAAGCAGGAUAUGUUACCCACAUGGUAGGGAAGUGGCAUCUAGGCAUGUACAAAAAAGAGUGCCUCCCAAUCCACAGAGGAUUUGAUACUUAUUUUGGUUAUCUUCUGGGAAGUGAAGAUUAUUAUUCCCAUGAACGUUGUGUGUUCAUCAGUGCAAAGAAUGCAACACGCUGUGCUCUUGAUUUUCGAGAUGGAGAAGAAGUUGCAGUUGGAUUUGGAAACAUGUAUUCCACUAAUGUAUUUACGAAAAGAGCUGUAGAUCUUAUAGCCAGCCAUAAAACUGAGAAGCCUCUCUUUCUCUAUCUUGCUCUCCAAUCUGUCCAUGAGCCCCUUCAGGUCCCUGGGGAAUACAUGAAACCAUACGCUUUCAUCAAAGAUGAGAAGAGACGUCAUUAUGCGGGAAUGGUGUCCAUUAUGGAUGAAGCUGUAGGAAAUGUCACUGCAGCCCUGAAGAGAUAUGGGCUUUGGGACAACACAGUUCUCAUCUUCUCUACUGAUAACGGAGGACAGACUUUGGGAGGUGGAAAUAACUGGCCUCUAAGAGGAAGAAAGUGGACGCUCUGGGAAGGAGGAGUGAGAGGAGUAGGAUUUGUUGCAAGUCCUUUACUGAAACAGAGGGGAGUAGAAAGUCAUGAACUGAUCCACAUCUCUGACUGGCUGCCGACUCUAGUAAAUCUUGCUGGGGGACAUAUAAACAGCACUAAGCCUCUGGAUGGCUUUGAUGUAUGGAAAACUAUCAGUGAAGGAAGCCCUUCUCCGAGAAAGGAGCUGCUUCAUAACAUAGAUCCUAUGUUUGUGGACACUUCUCCAUGUGAAGAAAGGAGAUACUUAGGAUGCCUUCCAUUUGCAAGUCCUGGUAUUGACAACAGGACAUCUUCACCACAGGAUAAUUCUUUUCCAUGGGACGAUUCAAUCUUCAAUAUAUCCAUACAUGCUGCAAUUCGACAUGGAAAGUGGAAACUACUAACUGGGUAUCCAGGCUGCAGCCACUGGUUCCCACCACCACCUUUGUUCAGUGAAUCAAAGAUUCUAUCAUCUGACCCACCAACAAAGAAACUUUGGCUUUUUGAUGUUGUUAAAGAUGCUGAGGAGAGAAAUGACUUGUCUGAAAAAUAUCCUGGCGUUGUGAAAAAACUGCUCUCCCGGCUGCAGUACUACUAUAAACACUCUGUGCCUGUGUUCUACCCUGACGAUGACCCCCGUUGUGACCCAGCAGCAACUGGAGCCUGGGGGCCUUGGAUGUAGACUACUACAUUUGCAACCUGAAAAUUGCGGACUCAGGGUUCUAGUCAUAUAUUUUGACCUCAUUUCUUUUACCCUUUUAACUGUGAUUUCAUCCCUUGGGUUAUUCAAAUCUGCUGCUUCUUAAGCAGUAUUGGGGAUCUAAUGUCACCCCCUGAUUGUACUAGAAACACAGUUAAAAUCAUAAAUCUCUCAUUUUCGUGUUCUUUGUCAGUUAUAUGUCUUUAAAAUGGAGGGUCAAAGCUGCUGGCCAGCUGGGAAAUAUUACUUCACUUGGAAAGUUCUAAUGAGUCACAGAGGCAAGGCUAUCCAGUUCUUUCAUAGUUAAAGUCACAUGUUUGAUUUCAUGCUUGCCAGUGGCCAGAUCUUAUAGAAGGCUAACACACAGGUUUUUAAAAAAAAAAAAAAAGAGAGAGAGAGAGAAGCCAGUUUAUGAGUUCAGCUGUCAUUACAUUUUCUCAGCUUUGCCAUACAAAUCUGUCCAGUAAUGGAUGCAUUCAGAAAUCUCUGUGUAAAAGCCUCCUCCCACUGGGCAACAAAAGAUCUAGCUAUACACUUGUCCACUGUUGACAUAUGGUGAGAGCAUUGGUUUGAUUUUAUGCCCACCUCGGCUGUGAGUACCAACUCUUUAGGGCUUUUGUGCCUUUGUUAUCACAGCAGAGACUGCCUUCAUCUAAUAGCUUUCGGCCAUCCCUGCAUUUUGCAUUGCCUUUUUCAAUUCAUUUCUUCUUUCUUGUGCUUCGAAGUGCAGUUUUGAAUUCUUGUGCAGGAGAUUCAAGCACUUUUCUUUGCCAGCUAAAGCACAAUGUGGAGGUUGCAAGUGAUGGAAGUAUUGCUUCAUCUAUCUGGUGGCUAUUGCAUCAGCUUCACAAAGCUCCCAACUUUUGCUAAUAUGUAAUAGAAGACCUUUUCUAUUACAUAUCCCUUCUCUAAAGGCAUUGCCAGUUAUCUGUUUUGUACUGAUGUAAUGUUUCAAACUGGUUUUUUAGAGACCACUUUUAACUUUUCCAUUAAAAUUAGUGUUUAAUUUU